AUGAACUCACCAGCCACUGCAUCUGACACUUGGUCGCCACCAGCCAACAUGUCUGCCUUUCAGCAGGGUGCUGAAGGCUCCUAUGGUGGAAGUGACCUAAAGGAGUCUCUUCAGUCUUUUGUGUCUGCUGCUCACAGGAGUUGGGAUGUAACCUCCAGUCCUCUUUGUAAACGUUUCUUUUGUUUUCCUUUUCAGGCUGGAGCCUCUCCAAAGAACAUAGCAGGAGAGUGGCUGCAACGGCAACAAGAGAUCAUUACGCAGUUGCCUUGUGGCAGAGCUCUUUACAACUAUGAUGGCAAAGAACCUGGUGAUCUGAAAUUCAACAAGGGUGACAUCAUCAUUUUGCGACGAAAAGUUGAUGAAAAUUGGUACCAUGGAGAGCUCAAUGGUAACCAUGGCUUUUUCCCUGCCAGCUAUAUCCAGUGUAUCAAGCCACUUCCUGAACCUCCACCUCAGGGCAAGGCACUUUAUGAUUUUGAGGUCAAGGAUAAAGACCAAGAUAAGGACUGUUUAACAUUUGUAAAGGAUGAAAUUUUGACUGUGAUCAGGAGGGUAGAUGACAAUUGGGCAGAAGGAAUGCUUGGAGACAAAAUCGGCAUUUUUCCUAUUUUAUAUGUUGAGCUUAAUGAUACAGCAAAGCAACUGAUAGAAAUAGAUAAGAAAAUCUCAGCAGCUGCGUCUAUUAAUGACUUGCUUUCUUCAGGAGGCAGCAGCCCAGGUGGCAGCUCAUCCCAAAGCUAUACACUUAACAGUGCAACUGCCGUGAGUGCCAUACAUAGGCGUAUAGAGGGAAAGAAGAAUGCCAAGAAGCGACACUCUUUCACUGCCCUCAGUAUGACGCACAAGUCCUCCCAAGCCAUGAACAACAGACACUCCAUGGAGAUCAGUGCACCCGUUCUCAUCAGCUCCAGUGAUCCUCGAGCAGCCGCAAGGAUUGGGGAAAUGCCACACCUUUCAUCUAGUGCACCAACUCAGGAACCAUCUCCCUUCUCUUCUGCUAUGGCAGUCGGUGCGAUGGGACUUCGAGCAAGCAGCACCGUAGGAGAUCAAGCAGUGUCACAGAAGCUCCAACUUCCACUCAAUAUAUAUCUAGCAUUGUAUGCCUACAAGCCACAGAAAAAUGAUGAGCUAGAACUGCGGAAAGGAGAAAUGUACCGAGUUACAGAAAAGUGCCAGGAUGGAUGGUUCAAGGGAACAUCACUCAAAAGUGGGGUUUCUGGAGUCUUUCCAGGCAACUAUGUGACUCCUGUGUCAAGAGUUCCUUUUAGUGUUGGGAAGCCAUGGAACACUGCACCAGGAGCUCCACCAGCAUCUAGAGAGGCCCCAGCAGUUCCCCUUCAAGGUGGGGCAGGGUUUGCAGGUACUGCUACUGCUUCCACAAGUGCUGCUGCUUCUGCUCCUCGGCCCCUAGCUCCUAUUGCUGUCCCACCACCUCAGGUCCCUCUGCAGAGUUCUACCACUCCUCAGAUCAACAACUGUGCCAGAUUUACAGGACAACAAACCGUGAGUCAAGCUCGGAAUGCCAUACAAAUGGCACAGCCUACUGUCCAGGUGCAGGAUCGCCCAACAGCAGCAGUAUCUCCUCUAAGGACACAGAGUUCACCAUGCCGCAGCCCGUCUCUUGCAAUUCGACCUCAUUCAGUUGUCUCCCCUCAGCAUAUUCAUCUACCUGCUACCCCAGGGACUGUCUCUACAGCUACCAGUUCCAGACAAGCUCUUCCCCUUACAUCAGCAGCUGCAGCUAUUACACCUCCAAAUGUCAGCGCAGCCAACCUGAAUGGGGACUCAGGAAGUGCAUCUCCCAGUAGCUCUGUGAACUCCAGUCCAGUUAAUACAGCAGCCGCAUCCUGCAGGCCAGAAGAAAGGAGAAAUGAGAAGGAUUUCUGGACUGCUGUGCUUGCAAAAAUGGAAGGAAGUUUGUUUGGAGUCUGCAAAGAUAAAGAGAAGAAAAGUGGACUUUUGAAGCUUUUGUCAGGGGCAUCUGCAAAGAAGAAGUCUCGAUCUCCCCCUUCUGUCUCCCCAACUCAUGAACCUCAACAAUCAACAGCAGCAGAAGGAACCAUUAUGGGGGCAGUUUGCUCCGAAGUUAUGUCUUUCUCCAACCAUGGUAGAGCUGGAUCAUGUCCAUUAGAAAGUGAAAUGCAAGGGGCAGUUGGGAUGGAGCCAUUGCACAGGAAAACAGGCUCUUUGGAUUUGAAUUUUUCAGUCUCCCCACCAGCAAGACAGCUGUGGUCUUCAGUGGCAGCAAUCCGUCCAGAGCCCAAACCACUGGUUCGAGAAAGAUAUCGAGUGGUUGUUCCUUAUCCUCCACAAAGUGAGGCAGAAAUUGAACUGAAAGAAGGAGAUAUUGUGUUUGUUCACAAGAAACGGGAUGAUGGCUGGUACAAAGGAACAUUACAACGCAAUGGAAGGACAGGCCUCUUCCCAGGUAGCUUUGUAGAGAGCUUCUAAGAAGCAAAUUCUUUGAGCAGACCUUCCUACGAGAUGUUAAAGGACUGUGAUAUUUCAACAAAUGAAUCACACUGCUUGGGAUUCUGUCCAAAGUGGAAUGCUAUGUAAGCACAAAUUAAAAAAAAAGAAAAACAAACAACAAAAACAGAAAAAAAAAACUUGAUCAAGAAACAUAUUUUUUGUUCACUUCACUGCCAUUGUUACUUCCAAAGAAACUUCAGGGCCAUUGCCUCAAGCUCAAGAGAGACAGUGCUGUUGUUUUAAUAAUGUGUGCAUACAGUGGUAUGUUGGACUAGUGCCUUCCUCUCUGGAGCGACAGACUGACAAUACAUGGAUUUCCAUUUUUACCAGACUAAAUGUCACCUGCUGCUCAUUAUGUAAAUUACGAAGAUGUUUCUUUUAAAAAUUCAGAUUGAUAUAUUGCUAUAACUUAUUUGUUAAAGCUGCAGUGUCCUUAUUACUUGCCAGAACUGAAAGGGGUUUUACAGCUAGCUGAAAAUGAUAUUGCAAAGUUAUAAGUUCAGGACAUAGUUCUGAGAAGCAGUAAUGAUAUUAAUCCUGGAAUAACAUUAAUAUCAUUUCCAUUAAAACAGCUUUUAUUUUGUUUUAUAGAGUGCCAAACAAGAAAGGGAAAAAUGUACUUAGAUUUUAGUCACUGAAUGUAAAACUUUAUGAGCUCAUAGUUUAUAAGUGCCAUCUCACUUCUGCCCCCCAUUAAAACCAGUUAGACUGUUUUAGAGUGACAUUUUGCCACAAACAUAUACUGAAAGUAAUAAGUGUUCAUGGAAUUCUCAGUGUUAGUUGUCCAGAAUGUGAUAUUUUCCUAGAACAGGUGUAUGUCUGAAUGAUGUGCCUGGAUUGUAAUGAGAUGGGCUCUGUGAGCUCAGUGUAGUGAUUGCUGCAGGUGUUGAAUGCAGCAGUUUGCCACCACCCUCUGCAGGAAGAAGACUAUAGAGGAAUAACUUUUCAGGCUUUUUCCUCCAAUAUGAUCAGUAAAGUGUCUAGGCUGAUUACAUUUGCUGCUAAAGUAAGAGUGUGUGUUAAUAAGUAUCUGAGUACUCCCGCUGAACCAUACAGAUCAGCAGUGCACUGUACAGGGAAAUAGCUAGACAUUUGUAGUAGGACCACUGUAGUACAUUAAUGGAGAGUUCCUAACAAGUUGGUUUACCCAGAAGACAUUAGAGCUCGAAUGCAGCAGACCAGACUGUAUCAGGAUGCUAGGGAGUACACAGAGCAGACCAGAUUUUAAUGGGUUACUAGGGAGUACACAGAGCAGACCAGACUGUAUUGGGGUGCUAGGGAGCACACAGAGCAGACCAGACUGCAUUGGAUGUUAGUGAGUAAAUAGUGCAGACCACACUGCAUUGGGGUGCUAAGGAAUACACAGAGCAGGCCAGACUGCACUGGGCUGCUAGGGAAUACACAGAGCAGACCAGACUGCAUUGGGGUGCUAGGGAGUACACAGAGCAGACCAGAUUGUAAUGGGUUACUAGGGAGUACACAGAGCAGACAAGACUGUAUUGGGGUGCUAGGGAGUACACAGAGCAGACCAGACUGCAUUGGAGUGCUAGUGAGUAAAUAGAGCAGACCACACUGCAUUGGGGUGCUAAGGAAUACACAGAGCAGACCAGAUUGUAAUGGGCUGCUAGGGAGCACAUAAAGCAGACCAGACUGUAUCAGGGUGCAAGGGAGUACACAGAGGAAACCAGACUGCACCAGAGUGCUAGGAAGUACACAGAGCAGACCAGACUUUAUCAGAGUGCUAUGGAGUGCACAGUACAGACCAGUCUGUAUCAGGGUGCUAGGGAGUACAUAAAACAGACCAUACUGUAUUAGGGUGCUAGGGAGUACACACAUAACAAAACAGACUAUAUCAGGCUGCUAUGGAGUACACAGAACUGACCGGACUGUAUCAGGGUGCUAGGGAGUACACAGAACAGACUGUCUCGGGGUGCUAGGAAGUACGCAGCACCUAGGUUGACUAGUUCCUGUGCAGGACAUUGUUAUAGAGAUUGUUGAAAUUCAGGCAUUAAACUGCACUGUACACUUUUAUGUGUCUUAAAGAAUGGUUAGCUGCCAGAGGGACUGCAGCAGUGCAGUGCAGACUGUGAUGGCCACACAGUCUUACACAGAAUGCUAACUGGAGAGGAAGGGGACACAAAUACAUAGUUUGCUGUCUGGAUGGAUAUAUCAACCUUUAUAUGUAUAGAGCUAUGUCAGAUUAUCAAAGUUCUGAAACUUCGAAAUUCAUAUAGCCGAGACCAUAUGACUGAAGUU